ACGUCAGUCGUUAAAAUGGCGGAGCCAGAAUUAAACGUAGACAGUUUAAUCCAGAGACUUUUAGAAGGGUAUAACAACCAACGUGCCUUGCAAGAGAAUCGAGACGUUAAGAAGAGAUCUAAAUUCAAAGAAAUAUUUAUUUCGUCUGAACUAAGAGGAUGCAGGCCUGGAAAAUCAGUGCAUAUGACAGAGUCAGAAGUAAGGGGAUUAUGUCUGAAAUCACGAGAAAUUUUUCUACAACAACCAAUACUCUUGGAGCUAGAAGCACCACUUAAAAUAUGUGGGGAUAUCCAUGGACAGUACACUGAUCUGUUGAGACUGUUUGAGUAUGGAGGUUUUCCACCAGAGGCUAAUUAUCUAUUCCUUGGGGAUUAUGUUGACCGUGGCAAACAAUCCUUGGAGACCAUAUGCCUUUUACUUGCCUAUAAAAUCAAGUAUCCGGAAAAUUUCUUUUUGCUUAGAGGCAACCAUGAGUGUGCCUCUAUCAACAGAAUUUAUGGUUUCUAUGAUGAAUGCAAAAGGAGAUAUAACAUCAAGUUAUGGAAGACUUUCACAGACUGUUUCAAUUGUUUGCCAAUUGCCGCUAUCAUAGACGAAAAGAUUUUUUGUUGCCAUGGUGGUCUCAGUCCUGAUCUUCAAGGUAUGGAACAGAUUAGGCGUAUCAUGAGACCAACAGAUGUACCUGAUACAGGACUGCUAUGUGAUCUUCUGUGGUCUGAUCCUGACAAAGACGUUAGUGGGUGGGGAGAGAAUGACAGGGGUGUCUCAUUCACAUUUGGUGCUGACGUGGUCAGUAAGUUCCUCAACAGGCAUGAUUUAGACUUGAUAUGCAGAGCUCAUCAAGUUGUUGAAGAUGGUUAUGAGUUUUUCGCCAAAAGACAAUUGGUUACAUUGUUUUCUGCACCAAAUUACUGUGGGGAAUUUGACAACGCUGGAGGUAUGAUGAGUGUUGACGAGACGCUUAUGUGCUCAUUUCAGAUAUUGAAGCCAUCUGAAAAAAAAGCUAAGUAUCAGUACCAGGGUGUGAACUCUGGAAGACCGGCAACUCCCCAAAAAAACACUAACAAUAAAAAGAAAUAGAGUCCUUAUGAAGCCAGAAAUUUUUGGAAAGUAUUUUUCAUGGUAGUUAAUUCUGUUAUAAUCCAUUAUUUGUGUAAAGUAUGAAUAUUGCAUUAAUCCGAUUUUUGUGAUUUUUUUUAUAAAAAGAUUAUAUAUUCACUUCUGUUCUGUAUAUAGUUUAACUUAUAAUUUUAUUUAUUAUUAAACAAAAGUUUGCAUUUGAAAUAUAACUAUUGGUUCAGUAUCCUUUGCAUUUGGUAGUUGGCCAGUAAAUUAUGUUGUUUGUUGAAAAGACGUUAUAUAAAAAAAUCCCCUGCACUGAAUGUAUCUAAAUUUUAUAUCAGCAACACUCCCAACUAAUGUGCUAAGUGUGACAAAUAUAUUUUAGAGGAAUUAUUAAUAAUUAUUUUAAGCUUUAAAAUUUUGAAAGUACUCUAUUUAUAGUUAGGAAAAUGUACUGAUUCUAAUGAAACGAUUGGGUGUGAUUAGGAAUCGAAUGUCUCGUUACUUUCUCACUUUAAGUCACCAGUCAGAACUGAGAUAAUCAAUAUUGCAUAAAGCAAUAAAAUCUAGACAGACAGACUUCCAUAGCGAAUUGAACAAUUCUCAAAUUGGCCUUCUAUAUUGGGACGAAAUUAAAAUAAAUUUGAACGAAUUUCUAUGUAGCAUGUUUUGGUUGUUCGCCUGCAAUGUCUUUAUUGUUUAUAAAUUUUAUAUCAGGUUGAGAUCUCAUUUCAUCCGAUAUUUCAAAUCCAAAUAAAUUUAUAUUAUUAA